UCCUCACGGCCUCCGUCGGGGCCUCCCUGGUCACGGCCUCCCCGGUCAGCGCCUCCCUCGCGGUCUCCUUCUCCCUCCCGUCCCUCCCGGCAGAGAUGGCGGCGGACUCGGACUCCUGGGACGCGGACACCUUCUCGGUGGAGGAGCCGGUGCGGAAGGCCGCCGGCGGCGGCGGCGGCGGCGGCGACCGCUGGGAGGGCGAGGACGAGGACGACGACGUCAAGGAUAACUGGGACGAUGAUGAGGAAGAGAAGAAGGAGACGACGGAGGUGAAGCCAGAAACAAAAGUCUCGGAAAAGAAAAAAAUAGCGGAGAAAAUCAAAGAGAAAGAGCGGCAGCAGAAGCGGAGACAAGAGGAGAUCAAGAAGAGGUUAGAAGAGCCCGAGGAGCCCAAGGAGCUCACGCCAGAAGAGCAGUUAGCAGACAAGCUGCGGCUAAAGAAGCUCCAAGAGGAAUCUGACCUGGAAUUGGCCAAGGAAACGUUUGGUGUGACCACCACCACGGUCAGCGGAAUCGACGCCAUGAACCCAAUUUCCAGGGAUGACUUCACGGAGUUUGGGAGGCUGCUAAAAGACAAAAUCACACAAUACGAAAAAUCUUUCUACUACCCUGGUUUUUUGGAAGCUUUAGUGCGAGACAUUUGUAUUUCCCUGGAAAUUGACGACUUGAAAAAAGUUACCAACUCCCUGACAGUGCUUUGCAGCGAGAAACAGAAACAAGAAAAGCAGAGCAAAGCAAAGAAGAAGAAGAAAGGCGUGGUGCCCGGGGGCGGACUGAAGGCGACCAUGAAGGACGACCUGGCGGAUUACGGCGGCUACGACGGCGGCUACGUCCAAGACUUCGAAGACUUCAUGUGACGUCGGCCCCGUGCCCCGGCGUCACCUCUCCGUGUCGGCCACAGCCCCUCAGCCACGUCGCACCGCCUCCUUCUCUUUCAGUUCCGCCAAAGGCUCCCUUCGGCGCCGGGUGGUUUCACCCCCUGACCCUCCGGCGGCGCGGCCACGCGGACUUGGCUCGCGCCACCCCGGGGUUCGAGUCGGGUGCCUUGGGUGUCACUGAAUCACCGAACGCAGAAGCCUUGGGGAGGGGCCGGCGGCCCCCGGCCUCACCCGUGCUCCGUCCUAGUAGCACGGGGGCAGUGCCAGGAGGCCCGGCGCCAGAGGAAGGGACCCGGUGGUCAUUCCGUCUGCCCACCCGCCCUCCCUCCUGCCCCCUUCUCCCGAAGGCAUCGGAGGAAGCCGUCGCCCCCCAGUUUAACGAGGGUCAGGGCUGCCUGCCGCCUCCGGCCUGGGCCGACCGGCGUGGGGGUCGCCGUUCCUCCCCUCGACAAACAUGCUUAGCAAACUGCACCAGUUAUUACAGUUCGGUAAAUUGUUAUGUUAACAAUUAUGACAUCUGCAGUGUUUUAUAAAACAACUAAUUUAAUAAAACCACUCUGGUGAGGACUCGA